GGUACUUUUUCUUCCCGGCCGGACUGGGGGGGAUAACCGGCCGUUUCCGGGAAAACUCGGAGGCCCUAGUUUUCGGCUGAUAGAUACCGAUGACGAAUCAUGGCCAGCGGCGGUAGUGAAUCGCGACACCCCGCGGAGGGUGGGCGUCCCAGUCUGCAGUUUGUUCCGUUCAGUAGCGCGCUGGACGCAGGUUUCUGGCAUGAGCUCACUCAGAAAAAACUCAAUGAAUACAAACUGGACGAGUCUCCGAAGCCGAUCAGAGGCUAUUACUAUAAUGGAGAUCCUGCUGGAAUGCCAGCACGUUUAACCCUUGAAUUUAGUGCUUUUGAUAUGAAUGGCCCAACACCAGCACAUUGUUGCCCUGCUAUUGGAAUGUUGUAUAACACCAAUACAUUGGAAUCCUUCAAAUCCUGUGAUAAAAAGCUUCUCCUUGAACAAGCAGCAACUGAGAUAUGGGAUGCAAUAACAUCAGGGAAUGCCAUUAAAAAUCCUGUUUUAUUGAACAGAUUUCUUCUCUUAACAUUUGCAGAUCUAAAGAGAUACCGUUUCUAUUACUGGUUUUGUUAUCCUGCAUUGUAUGUCCCAGAAGGUAUCCCUUUGGUUAAACAACCAGCGCCUCUAAGUGCAAAAUUCUCUCCAGCCCAGACCGAAGCCCUCCAGAAUUCAUAUGAUCAACUUUGCCAGAAAGAAGGCGCUACAGCCCUGCCUUAUUUUUUAAUCAAAUACCAUGAAGAUUCAGUCCAUGUAUCCUUACUUAGAAACUGGGAUAACUUCUUUUCUGAUCAAAGGGAGAAGGUGACAAUUGGUGUUUAUGACCCCUGUAAUUUUGCCCAGUAUCCAGGAUGGCCAUUGAGAAAUAUGUUGAUCCUUGCAGCACACAGAUGGGGAGGCAUCCUUCAGUCUGUUGAAGUGCUCUGCUUCCGAGACAGGACCAUGCAGGGGGCAAGAGACAUUUCACACAGCAUUCUUUUUGAAGUAAAGCUUCCACAGCUGACACACAGUCCAGAUUGUCCCAAAGCUGUUGGAUGGGAAAAAAAUCCAAAGGGAAGUAUGGGCCCAAGAAUGGUGAAUCUAAGUGAAUGUAUGGACCCCAAAAGGCUAGCAGAGUCAUCUGUGGAUCUUAACCUUAAAUUGAUGUGCUGGCGGUUAGUACCUACUCUUGAUCUGGAGAAAGUUGUAUCUGCAAAGUGUCUUCUUCUCGGAGCUGGUACACUGGGUUGUAGUGUAGCUAGAACUUUGAUGGGAUGGGGAGUCAGGAAGAUUACAUUUGUGGACAAUGCAAAGAUCUCUUAUUCCAACCCUGUGCGUCAACCUCUCUAUGAAUUUGAAGAUUGUCUUGGGGGUGGAAAGUCCAAAGCAGUUGCAGCAGCAGAGAGACUUCAAAAAAUAUUCCCUGGAGCAAAAGCUGAAGGUUUUAACAUGAGCAUCCCAAUGCCAGGUCACCCUGUGAAUUUUUCUGAAACAACCUUGCAGCAAGCUCAAAAGGAUGUGGCUCAGCUGGAAAAGCUGAUUGAUGGUCAUGAUGUCAUCUUUUUGCUAAUGGACACCAGGGAAAGCCGAUGGCUUCCAGCUGUCAUCUCAGCCAGCAAGAGAAAGUUGGUCAUCAACGCUGCUUUGGGAUUUGACACAUUUGUUGUGAUGAGACAUGGACUAAAGAAACCAAAGAAUCAUGAAAUUGGUGAAUCUCCAUGCAAUAAUUCUUCUGGCUCAGUUGAUCUUUUGGGAUCAUCACUUUUUUCAAAUAUUCCUGGCUAUAAACUUGGUUGCUAUUUCUGCAAUGAUGUAGUUGCACCAGGAGAUUCUACCAGGGAUCGGACAUUAGAUCAACAGUGUACGGUCAGUCGACCAGGAUUAGCCAUGGUAGCAGGAGCACUUGCUGUUGAAUUAAUGGUAUCCAUUUUGCAGCAUCCAGAAGGUGGCUAUGCAGUUGCAAGCAGUAGUGAUGACAGAAUGAAUGAACCUCCCACCUCUCUUGGGCUUGUGCCUCAUCAGAUCCGAGGUUUUUUAUCAAGAUUUGAUAAUGUUCUUCCUGUCAGUCUGGCUUUUGACAAGUGUACUGCCUGUUCGCCCAAGGUCCUUGACCAGUAUGAAAGAGAAGGCUUUAAUUUCCUAGCAAAGGUUUUUAAUUCUUCCCAUUCUUUCUUAGAAGAUCUCACAGGUCUGACUUUAUUACAUCAGGAGACCCAAGCGGCUGAGAUUUGGGACAUAAGCGAUGAUGAAACACUCUGAAAACCUAAUGAAUGAAGUAAAAGACAACCAACAAGCCGACUUAAUUUAGGUUGUGUUGAUGUAUUUUUAUCAGUCAUUUAAUUAUUGCUUCCUUAACUUUACUGCAAAUAUAAACAUGUUCAGUCUACAUCAUUGAUCAAGAAGGGACACUGUGACAGUCUCAAAGCAAACCUACUGUGGUUGCUCCUCUUUUUAUUGUGUUCUUGAUGCACAUAUAGUUGUAAGACACUUCAAAUUAAAAUUAUUUCUCGUUUUUCAGUUUCUAAAUACUUAUAUUUAAAUUUUCUCUUUAGUAAAUAUCUUUGUAUUCCCCCCCCCCCAAUCUGAAUGUUUCUUUUAAGUAAAUGUUCACAAUUAAUUUGAAAAAUACUUUUCAGUGUUUUAGGGACUUGUCACUACUGUGUAAGACUGAACCAUAAAAAGUUACCCACACUGGGAAUAAAUAAAGAAGGCCAGCUGUUUUGAGAUACAAAAAGACACUGGAUCUUUUUGUCUUGAUUACUGUCUGUACAAAGGGACAGUGUAGAAGCUCUAUCUUCUCCCAGUACAGAGUUUUCUUCACCCACCCCUUGCUCAUGAAUCAGGGACUCUUGAAAUAAACUGCUAUGCAGACAGGAGAGGGGAGAUUGAAGAAAAUCAGGUACCCCAACAUUCCAGUAACUCAAUUGCACAAACAGCAAUUUAGACUGAAGUCACCUAACAGGAUAGUCCUAAAACAAUUUCAUAGAUCCACCUUUUUGUCCAUUUCUUUAUAACCAGCAAUGCAAAUCUGUCAUUUUUUAAAUCAUUUUAGGAAAUAAUACAUUGGUCUCUAUCCAAAGCCAUACAACUGGUUCCAUAUACUGAUAGCAUCUGUUGACUUAGCUUUCCCCAAAAAAGAGUUCCCCAACCCAUUUUAAGUGUUUUUUGAGAUGGCCAUGUGGAACAUUUUCAGAUGCAAACAUAAAAGAUCUAAUGAGAGUCAUGCAAAUUACUGAAACUUUGGAUCAUGGUCACACUAUUCAAAUAAUGUGCAAAUUAAUUUUCUGAAACAUUUUUUCAGUGAUUUUUCUGGACAGUGCUGUAGCCAUUUAAAAUUUAAUAUUUAAUGUAUGUGAAAAAUGUAAUAUGGAUAUGUUAUUUCCUAUUUUUAGAAAUGAUAUUUUUUUAGCCUCCCUAUUUAAUAUCAAAGCAAUGAAACAGUGACAUAAAAUAUUCAGACAAAGAGACCAAAUAUUUCAUAUUCUUCAACAUUGUAUCAUUUUCCCUUCUGUAAAUUAUAAUCACAAAUCUGAGGAGAGGUUCAGAAUAGGCAAUCCAUGAUAUAUUAAUUGUUUAGUUUUAAUGGUGCAAGUUGCUUAUUUAAUCCUAUGUUACUUAGUUUAUAAUUUCUACUGUUGUUUAAGUUUAUAAUUAACUUUCCUGUUGCAGUAUUUAGUGAGGAGCCUGGCUGCUGUACAAUAUUUCCAGUAUUGUUUAUUUACUAGCUAAAUUUCUUGAUCAUUUAAAUCUAGUGAAAAAGAGGAAUUAUUUUAAAGAAAGCCCAGCUUGUAUAGUAAACCAUUCUAGUAGCAUAAAAUUUAAUUAGUACUUUUCAUUUGUAAGUAAGACUUACUUGUAAUUUAAAUUAAUUAAGGAAUCAUCUAGUGAUUUUCAGGCACAUUUUACUGAAAAAAUAAAUUCAUACUGGGGAAAAUCAGGACUUUACAGCUUGCUCUGAGUCACCCACACAGACGUCAUUUGGAGAUAGCGAGCAGGAAACUCUGUUUUGAAAAUUUGCAGGCUUGAUUAGUUGAGAAUCAAAAACAGUUUGGUGUCUCCCAGGAAUACUGUCCAAUGAGAUGUCUGUCUUGACUCUUGGAUUAUCAACUUUCAAUUUGUCAACUGUUUUUUCCCAUAGAGAAAAACCUAUAUAUGACAUUUUAAACAUAAGGUAAUAUGAUGUUUCCUUACUUAGCAAUUCGAGUAACUUAGAGUUGUAUAAGACUGAACUUGCUUCCUGCCCAGAUGCUUCCCAGAUGUCUGUGUUGUGCAGAAGUGCUCCAGUGUGACUUAGAAAAUUUUCUGUUCUUUAAUUUUAUUGUUUUUUCCCUCUCCCAUGACAAAACAGAAUGGCUUGCUUGCUUCCAAACUUUUCCUUUUGUAAAAUGUUGUAAGCACUUUAAUUGAAGAGGACAUAAUGAAAGCUUUUAUUCAAAUGACUGCAAUGUACAUUAAAAGAACUUCCAAGCACUUUUACUCACAGCUCUGUAUCCAUGGAGAAGAGGCAUCUGGCACCGCCCACACAGUUACUUCCAUAAUGGAAGAACUUAAAUUUGAGCUUUGGAGAAUGGGUAUGGGCUUUUAAAUGAUUGCUUUUUAUUUUGUUUUAAUUUUGGGCUGGCAUGGCUUCCCCAAAUAAAGGACAAAAAUCCUGAAAACUGAACGCUGUGUUGCAUUCCUUAGGACUAUGACUUGGUGUAAGCAAAAGGAAGUGAUACUGGCUUUAUUUAAAAGCAUAAGGAAAGUAUAAAUGUGGUGACUUUUUGUACUCAGACCAAAAGUAAGCCUUCAUUCUGCCAAUGGACAUUUUCUCAAGUAUUAAUACUGGAUUUAAUAGAUCAGACAAUGCAGUCUUUGGUCUUUCUGAGAGAAGAUAUCCUUUAGUUGAGCUUGAUUCCUUGUGACUACAAGAACAUGUCUGGGUAGUUCUCUUGGCAACAGGACAGGAAUGGUUUGCUACUGCAUUCUUCUGGGUUUAUUCUUUGACUUCUCAGUCUAAGCUACAGCAUUAGCCCUAGGAUUUCCUAGAAGUUUGUUCUCUAAAUAUUAACUAGGUCCAAUCCUGUUUGAUUUUUUGAGAUUAGCCAGGAUUAGCUAUUUGAUGCCAUCUGUUUGAUCCAUCUGGCUCAGUGCUAAAUAUUGACCUGUUUGAUUCUGCUGGCCCAGAGCUAAAUAUGGACAGUUUUGCUUUAAGGUAUCUUCUAAGUACUAUUGAAAUUCCUUUUUUAAUUAGAGGUAAUGGGCUGUAAUAGUAAAGGGGAAGUAACAGUGCUGUGCAUGGUAUUGCAAUGUCUGAUGAUCAAGAUUUAAGAAGAGCAACAAUUCUCUGUUCCAUCUGAUGGCAGAAGUAAUUAAAUAAGCUGACCAUCAGGUGUCAGCUUCAAGCAGUAGUUAUCUAACAAUGUCUAGUUAUCUAACAAAACACACGAAGGAGACACUGCAUGUUAGUCAACUGAAGCUUCCAUACACCCAUCAUAGAUAGAGACUGAAGACAAUAGAUCUAGGAAUAUCUGUGAACCCCAUGUGGAAGUGAAGAUGUUGUGCCUGAAAACGGGGAAAAAUAUUCUGUUUUUCAAGGAACAUAGCUGCCAAUUGUCCUUUUUUCAUCCUGCUGCUUCUUACCAAGCAGUAUAGAAAUGGAAUGAGUGAUCAAGCUAGAUACUUGGGGUAGAUGUGCCAUCACUGUAAUGGGAGUUGAGAAUACAUGUGAAUACAUGUGUUAUCUGGCCCAGAAUAGUAAGACACAGAAUUUUCUCCAAUGAAUACUCUAAACAGUAUCUUGCUCCAAAUCCCACUCUGUUCUAUUGUUGAGUUAUAAAAUGAAUUGCCUCCAGUCUUUGGUUUUUACCAAUUCUUUAUCUAAAAAUUAUGACAAC